AUGUUUAAUGGAUUUGUUGGGGUAGAUGAUGGAGAACCUACAUCAGACGCCUCUGAGACAGUCCAGAUUUCUUCGCUUGCACUAUUGAAAAUGCUCAAACAUGGAAGAGCGGGAAUUCCUUUGGAGGUCAUGGGACUGAUGCUUGGGGAAUUUGUUGAUGAAUACACAGUGAAAGUUGUCGAUGUAUUUGCCAUGCCUCAGAGUGGGACAAAUGUCACUGUGGAGUCUGUGGAUCCUAUUUUCCAGAUGGAGAUGAUGAGCAUACUAAAGGCUACGGGGAGACACGAGACAGUGGUUGGAUGGUAUCACAGCCACCCGGGUUUCGGAUGCUGGCUCAGUACAGUGGACAUAAGUACCCAGCAGAGCUUCGAAAAAUUAUGUAAAAGAGCUGUUGCAGUGGUUGUCGAUCCCAUUCAGAGUGUCAAGGGAAAGGUUGUGAUUGAUGCAUUCAGACUCAUCGACAAUCAGCUAGGAGUGCUUGGAGGAGAGCCAAGACAAGUGACAUCAAACAUAGGAUAUCUUAAGACACCCACUCUCAUAUCCAUAAUCCACGGGCUUAACAAGCACUAUUAUUCGUUUAACAUAACAUGCCGGAAAAACGAUCUCGAGCAGAAGAUGCUCCUUAAUCUUCACAGGAAAACAUGGGCAGAUAACCUUAAGCUCAGGGAUGUCAGGACUAAGAGAGAGGAGGUUCUAAAGCUCAUCGAAAGCUACGGAAAAGCAUGGGAAGAAGAAAAGAAUCUGAAGGGUAAGGAUCUUGAAAUGGCUAAAGUGGGGAAGGUUGAUUAUCGAAGACGUCUUCUUGAGAAGUGCGAUGAAAAUAUCAUGGAAAAUGCCAUCUACAACCUUCUGUACUCCAUGCACAGAUACAUCUUCAACCAAUAG